CAAUCAACUUACUCGCAGCAGUUCUAGAGAGAGGCGUGGAACGCAUGGUGGCUCUCCCACGUGUGGGUUGUAUAGUGAGGUCCUGGCUGUUCCGGGUGAGAAGACAGGAGAGGAGUAGCGGCGCUAGGCCUGUAUUUCAUCCACAAUGUCUAAUGCAAAAGAAAAAAAAUAUGCCAGACGGAUGAGAAAUCAGCCCUCCAACGUGAGCUUCGAUCAGGGUGAUCGGACACCCCAGGGUUAUGGACGGGGAUGUUUUCCACAACAAAGAGGCGGCACCUCUGGGCAGCAGCAGAGAGGUCCACACCACUCCCAGGGACCCCACACUGGAGGAGGCCGAGGAAGAGGGGACUUCAAUGAAGGACCUCAGAUCCCUAAAUAUAUUACAGCAUCAAUGUUUGCUCAGGCCAGAGCAGCAGAAAUAAAUGCCAUGGUGAAGGCCGUGUCUCAGAAAUCUUCCAACUCUUUGGUGUUUCAGUCUUUGCCCAGGCACAUGCGGCGACGCUCCAUGGGGCAUGACAUUAAGCGGUUACCCAGAAGGCUGCGGGAGAUUGCUAAGAGAGAGAUGGAGAAAACGGUGCACCAGAAGAAAGAACAAUCUAAGAGCAAGUGUCGCAAAGCUCGGAGGCGCCACGGGAACCUUCAGUUGGAGUUUAAUCGCAGGCAGAGGAAGAACAUGUGGCUGGAAACUCACAUUUGGUUCACAAAGCGCUUCCACAUGGUGAAGAAAUGGGGCUAUUGCUUAGCAGAACGGCCUACAAUGAAGAGCUACAGAGCCUGUUACCGAGCCAUGUCCAAUCACUGCCUUCUUCAGGACUUAUCUUACCUCUGCUGUGUUGAAGUAACAGGCAAAGAGGAGGAACUACUGAAGGCCCUGUCAAGGCUUUGCAGCAUAGAGACAGGUCCAACUUUUGCGGCUGUGCCGUGUCUGUCUGGGAGGAGGCAGGGCUCUCUGGUUCUAUACAAAGCUGAUAAAUACCCUGAUGAAGCUUUGGGACCUGUUGACUUCAUCUGGAAACCCAAAUCUACCCCAGAGUCAUGUGGGCUGAGGCAGCUGUGGGUAUGGAUGCAUCCUGCCCUGAAACAGGACAUAUUGAAGGAACUGAGACUUGUGUGUGUAUGUGAGGACAGGCCAGAUAAUGCUGUGUACACGCCAGCACUGCCAGCUGAUCCUCCCCAGGAGGAGAAACCAGCAACUGUGAAAAAAGCGGGCAAGAAGAGGAAGAUGCAGGAUAAAGAAGGGGAGAAAGCUGUGCCGGUAAAAAAGAUAAUUGGUGAUGGAACAAGAGACUGUCCUGACCCAUACCAAUGGACAUCCACCCAAACUUCUAUCACAAUUCGGGACCUGACUAUGGAAAUAGUGCGGUAUCGCCUUGUUGGCCCCCUCUCUAACUGUGUACUCAAUGAUGCUCUGCAUCCAGCCCCUGUCCACAAGAAAACUGAAGAUCGGGGACCCCACAGUUGGUGGGAAGACUACAGUCAAAAUUCAGAUAAUAAUCUCCUUCAUGACCAGCAGAGCUCCCUCUUCCAUUUACUGCAAGGAAUAACCUCACCAGCACAGAUUCCACCAGGAACUGUUUUGGGUCUCACAGUUGGAGAUCCAAGAGUCAAUUUACCUAAGAAGAGGACCAAAUCUGUGCCAAAUCUCCAGCAGUAUGAAGAGUUGUCUGUUGAUGGACGGAUAUGUCUGCUUUCUCUUGACUCAGCAGAUGGAGAAAAAGUGAGGUCACUGAUGGUGAAUGGCGUCCCAGUGGAAUGUUCGCAAAGUCUCAUCUGGUCUUCUGAUAUUCGCUCUCAAGUAACGGACAAUAAAAUAACAGAACAGGAAGUCAACCGUUUGAGGAGUGAGCUUCUGGUACCUGGUUCACAGCUGGAUCUUGGCAAUAAGGAAUCUAAGAUUCCCAUUCUAUUAAUUCAGCACCCUGGUAAAGCCAAAGGCAGAGAUCAGCUAGGAUGGGGCAGCGGCUGGGACAUCUGCCUACCGAAAGGCUGGGGCAUGGCUUUCUGGAUCCCUCUGAUUUACAGAGGUGUCCGAGUUGGAGGUUUACAGCAAGCUUUGCAACACUUCCAGUAUAUGGGGUCACCGCAUGUUCCUGGGGACUUCCCUGACAGCCUGGCUGGGGCUCAGUCUGCCCUGGAGAAAGAGGCUCAGCUGCUGGAAAAAUUCACCAAGCGCCCACCUGCAAAGAGAACAAACUUUAUUAAAAAUGGUAUUCUGGCUCCAUUUCUGUGCCCCUGGGAACAGCUGACCAGAGAGUGGGAGAUGCGGGCUGGGGCAGAGCUAGACAGAUCUGUACAGGAAGAGGAGGAAUCUGGAACUGGGGCAGAGCUGGACGGAUCUGUACAGGAAGAGGAGGAAUCUGAAACUGGGGCAGAGCUGAACGGAUCUGUACAGGACGAGGACCAUGGAACUGAAGCUGGGGCAGAGCUGGACGGAUCUGUACAGGAGGAGGACCAAGGAAGUGAAGAGCGGCUGCAUCAUCCCAAAGAGAUAAACCUGGAAUCUGGUUCCAUUGUCGGCACUGAACAAAACCUUGGUGAGGAGGUCGGCCCAAAGGAAGCACAAGGUUUCUCUGUGUUAAGAAAUAAAAAGGUGUUGAAAAUGCUGUCUGCCUGGUUUGAUCCGUAUGCUAGGAAUACCAGUCAUACCUCAUCUCCAGAACUGUCGAGUCUGGUGAAUCCCAUCCUAAGAGACUCCCCAAGGGCAUUGGUGUGGGUCAGACUGGCAAUGGUGACAAAGGGAAGCCCAGAGUUGCAUUCACUGAUUUGCAUUCCAGCUCAGGAAGAUUUCGUCCAGCUGAGAAAAGACAAGUUGUUUGCAGGCCCCCAGGAGCCCAAGCACAGUGACCCUUUUAAGAAUAAAAUCGUGAAGCAAAAGAAGGAGCGGAAAAGGCAGAAGUCCAUGUCUAAGCACGAUGGCUCUGAGAAGAUGGAGAUCAAUACAGAUCUCGCAGUCAGUGACCAACUGACACUGGGGUUGUGGCCUAGUCCUAUACCGAAGGUGACCACACACUGCAACAGGCUCCUAUUUGGCUUUGUUACUCAUGGUGACUUCUCCAUGGCUGCAGGAUGUGGUGGGGCCUUGGGGUUUGUUAGCCUAACAGGUCUGUUGCACUUGUUACAGCAAACUAGUGACAAGAUUGGUAUUGUGUUGCUUAGAAACCCAUCCUCUCUUCAGUACAGGUUUGCAAAGCUGAUCAUUGAUGCCUAAAAAUAAGAGUGUUUCCCUAAACUUUCAAAUAGAAGUGGAUCCAAGGCAAUGAUUGGAGCCAGAUUUCAAUAAGUGCUACUACAGUAUAAAAUUGAUUCAGAAGUUUAUCAAUGAAAGGGAUCAUCCUAAAAUAAUUUAUAUUUAUAAAUGGAAUGGAGGCCGGUGAGUGCUACCCAUUGACUACCAGUGAUAAGCUCAGGCAUGUUCGCACACAAGUUCAAUCCUGUCUGAGCUAUCUUGCCAAAAAGCUUUCAAGCCGACAGCCAAUCCAUAGGCGGCGGAGUAACUCCCAGCCUCAUGUAUACAUGCCCCUUGCAUAUAUUCUGCAUGGGGAAUGCCUCUGCCUCCUAAGAUUGACUGUUGGCUUUGAUGGGUCAGGUGGGUUUGAACUGAUAUCCAAACACUCCUGAGCUCAUCCCUGUUGACUGCUUAUAGAAUAUUUCUUUGGGAUUCCACCUUAGUUUCUGUCUCGGUUUUGAGUGAACUGACCCUUUACCACUUACAGAAAUUUGGGAAUUUCCAUUGCUGAUGCCUUAAAGCAGCCCUACUGAUCCCGUGACCACAUUGCUUUCUGAGUUACUGACCUGGGACAAACGUGGAUUAUGAAUUCUGACUUUCCUCUUCACUUGACACAAGCUUGUUCCAGGCCAAGGACUCCUAAACUCUAAAGCAGCGUUUCUCAACUCCAGACCCCAAGACUCCCCAACAGGUCAUGUUUUCAGGCUUGCCAUCAUUUUGUACAGUUUCAAUGCCUUAGUAAUUGCUACAGCCAUUUUAUCGGAGGGAAAUCCUGAAAACAUGACCUAUUGGGGCGCCUUGAGGACUAGAGUUGAGAAACACUGGUCCAAAGCCACAGCCAGACAAGGUGCCCAGACCUUUUCAAAAAUGUCUUCCUUUAUAUUUAUAAAAAAAAAAAA